GAAUCAGGCCUUUGUGUUUAAAGUAAGCUGUCAGAGAGGGAAGGUCUCAUUAAGUUUGUGUUCUGGCCCUUUAAUGUCCAGUUGAAGCAGGUUCCGUAAAAUUGAAACAAUCUUUUGAGGAAGUAAUGGUUUUGUUGCUGUCAGGAAACCCACUGCUGUUUGUUCACCAAGACGAAGAGAGAGGAGACAUUUGGCGUAAACCCGUCCAGACAGCUAAUUACUUCCCUGACAUGGAAGCUCAAUACUUCUGGCAUCUCUUCCUUACUUUGGCUUGGAUAUUUCUAUUUUCCUUCCCUUCUGUGUGUAAAGGAAUGAAUGGAAUAGAGAUAAAGCUGAACACUGAUGUGUUUGUGGCCUUCUCCGGCGAAGAGCUCAGUGUUGAUGGCAUCAUCCAUAAAACAGCCAACCAAACUUCUGAAUAUUUGAGAUGCUACGACCCAUAUGGACAAGAGAUAUAUAUAAUUAGGAUCGACCCUACAAUAGGGGAUGAAGACAUACAUCUGAAUCUGAAAAACCUGAGUAGUUCAGGACUUUAUAGUUGCAAGUCUAAUUCGGCUGAGGUGAAGUGGUUUCUUCGGGUGACAGAUGGGGAAUCUAUAAGUCAGCCUCUGCCAUCCAGGAGUUGCUGCAUUCCAGCUCAGCCUGACCACGUGUGUUUUCCAUCUAAAGCCUACAGGGAGCCGCAGAAGCCGGACUACACAGAGGUCUUCAUGAUGGCUGUCUUCACAGGCGUGCUGCUGGUUUUCAGUGUGUUUGCCUCUGUGUAUGUCUUCAGAGGACAUUGGGAAGAGACACAGUCUGGAUCUCUGGCCAGUAGCAGAACACGGAAGCAGAACACAGAAGAAAGGAAGGAGACAGAAAAAGAGGAAGACAACAUGGACAUGGCAGCAGCUCAGUCGUCUUCGUUCUAUGCUAGUCUGGAGCCUCGGCCCAGGUCUAUUUAUGACGUGUUGGAUCACUCAGCUGCCAACAAUGACAAGGAGCGAGCAAAAUCCCCAGAAAAGGUGGAGCAAAUUGGUGAAUACCAGGAUGAAGGCAUCUUUGAGUCUGUUUAUGAGAACUUUUGAGUGAAAAAACUGGGUUUGAAUGAUUUUGCUUCAUAGCACCGAGCUAAACAUCAGUGCUUUUCACUGUCACAUUUGGCAGGAACAAGUUAGGAGAUAUUUCAAGAACAGUAAAAGCAAAAGAUGAAAAAGACCCCUCUGUAACAAAUAUAUCAAUAAAACUGUAAAUAAUAAAUAAACAAAAGUAUUAAGAGCUCUAGGAAUGAAGAUUCCUAGAGCUUGUAUCACAUUGUUAUACAUAUGAUAGCUGGAUUUAAUAAAUAUUGCUGAAUCAGUAACAGAUGUUUCAUUUGCUGUUGUUGUUUUUGUGUUGUUGUGACAGUAUUUCAUGCACAGGGAUUACUAUGAUGAGCAGAUAUUCACAACUGUUUGCUUGUAUUGUCGUGGUUUAGUUUGGGUGUUGCUGACAUACUUGCUCAUAUAGUAAGCCAACAUGGACAAUAUGUUACUUGAUAUAUUUACACCUAUUGGCACUGCCAGUCACAUUUAAAAAUGCCUACAAACCAAUAUAACCAGCAGUCAGCAAGAAAUGCAGAGCCUGUCAGCAGUAACUAGUCAUUUCUCCCACAGUAUGAUACAAAUAUUUAUACUUAUAUAGGUAUCUUCAUUUACAUACUAGUAACUUUAUUUAACAUCUAAGGACUAAUAUAAAGUAUUGAUUUUAUGAUUUUAUGUUGAGGCGAACAUCAUGGAUUAGUAAAUAUAUUUACUGGAAUUUUGACUAUUACUUAGGGCAUAUCAUUCUUUAACAUCCCAGCAGAAAACACAUUUUAGAUAUUAAACCACAUCAUUGUUAUGAUGCCAAAACUAAGGAGCUACGUUCACAACAUAAAGGAAGGAUUCCAGUUUAGAGUGACAGUGGAGUUGAGGAAACUAAAGCUGAAGUUGUCUCAUCUUUUAUUUUUAUUGUUUUAAAAUGCACAGUUCAACAAGGGUGGAAAGGAGGAUCUGAAGAAUAAAAUUGCUGAAUGAGGAUAUGACAAAAAUACUAAUGUUUAAUUAAUAUUACUUUUUGUCACACACAUUUUAUUGUAAACACACUUUGAAUAGGACAUAUUUGGAAAUAAACUUUCGUUUCUAACUGUAUGGCUUCUAACUGAAAACAAGGAGGAAAAAAGAGAAACUAUUACAACCAUGAAACGGUAAAUUUAAAUCAUACAAACUAUUUAGCCUGAUAUGUUAAUAAAAGUAUCUGUAACCACCGCAGAAUAUACAUAUUUAUAAGGCUGGAUAAUGCCCUAAAAAUACCU